AUGGCGACGCCCGCGGCGGUGCUCGCGGUCGUUCGCGCCGCGCGCCCGCGAUGCAGGACCCCCGCGGACGCGCUCGCGUUCGCGCUGCACGCCGCGUGCCUCGCGGAGGGAUGGAACGUCCUCGCGGUGGACUCGGGCGCGGGCGUCGACGCCGACGUCGUCGCGCGGGCCGCGGACGCGGACGCGGACGCGGACCCGACGCGCGGCUGGAACGCGCGCGAGGACGGGCAGUACGCGUUCCGAUACGAGCGCGCGAACGGCGACGGCCAAGGCGCGACGUUGAUCGCGCGCGUCCUCGAGGACGCGCUCGUCGCGACCCUGCGAGCGCCCACCGCCGACGACGACGUCGACGUCGGCAGCGCGACGUUCGCGCUCGGCGAGCACGUGGACGCGGCGAAGGUCAGCGCGGGGGACGUCCCCGGGGCGUUCCCGAAGCUCGACGCGACGCUCGAGAGGUUCCUCGAGGACGUCCUGAAGAAGGACAAGGACGACGACGGCGGAGGCGAGGGAGGAGGAGGAGGUGGAGGAGGAGGAGGAGGAGGAGGAGGCGACGGCGAUGGCGACGGCGGCGGAAGCGGCGGCCUCCUCCUUCGCGAGGGGUUCCACCCCCCGCCGUCCGGGCGCGUCCCCCCCGGGAUCCCCCCGCCCGGGGCGCGAUUCGACCCGUACGGCCCGCCGGGCAUGCCCGAGUUCGACCCCGGGAACUUCGGUCGCGACCCCGGGCAGUGGACCGGCCGCGGCGGCGAGUUCCGACCGGGCGUGCAUCCCGACGUCGGCUUCCCCCCCGGCGUCGGCAAUCCCGACGUGGACUUCGGCGGCGUCCCGAGCGGGUACCCGGACGACUACCCCAUCGGUCCUCAGGGGUUCACGCCGUUCGGACGCGGCGGCCCGUUCUCCAGAGGCGGGAGAGGACGCGGGCUGGGGCCUUUCGGCGGCGGGCGCGCGGGGCCGAAUUGGGGAUGGCCGCGAGGGCGGCCGAGAGGCGGGCCGCCGGGGACGGGGUACCCGGGGCACCACGGACCGGGCGGCGGGGACGGGUUCAACCCAGGCGGCGGGUUCAACCCGGACCUGCCGCCGCCGCCGAUGGGAUGA